GUUGACAUUCCAGAAGGCUGCCUCGCGUCGGGCAUGGACGGACCUCCACCUCAGGAAGAAGACUUUACUUCUCUUCCUAUACCCGAAAGACUUGCACAUAAGAAUUGGAAAGCCCGUGUUAGCGGAUACGAAGCACUCAUCAAGGCAUUCCAGACAAGUGCUAGUGACAAUGAUCCUGUCUUCAAACCAUACAUCUCGAACUCCGAUCUCCUCAAGAAGAUUGCGACGGACGGAAACGCAGUAGCACAGGAGAAGGGUGUGGAGUGUCUCGUCGCGCUAAUCAAGUAUGCUGGGGAAACUGCCGUAAAGACGAGAGACGUUGUUGUUCCUGCCCUAGUCGACAAAUGUCUUGGUUCUGCUAGGGUCGGUACGAAGAAUCAGGCCAUAGAGCUCAUUCUCCAAUACGCAGAGGUGGAGAACACUGCUGCUGGCGUAGUGACGGACAUUAUUCCUGGCCUAUCAGCGAAACAACCGAAGACUGUUUCGGCCAGCGUCCUCGCUCUGAAGGAGGUUAUUCGGAUUUUUGGAACGCAGGUUACCCCGCUGGCUCCUGUUCUCAAAAUAUUACCCAAGAUUUUCGCUCAUGCGGACAAAAAUGUUCGUGCGGAGGGAACCCAACUUGUCCAUACCAUAUACCGAUAUAUUGGACCAUCCAUCGACCCCUUUUUGGGAGAGCUCAAGCCUGUACAAGUUAAGGAGCUACAAGAUGCGUUCGAAACUAUGGAGAAGGAAGGGAAUGGAAAGGGAUCGUUGAAGGCCGAACGUUUUACGAGGGAACAUCAACGUGAAUCUGAUGCCAAUGCAGCAGUUGAUGAAACCCCUGAAGAGAUUGACAUCCCUGACCCUCGAAUGUUGGCGGAAGUGGCAAACAUUGUCUCCAAUCUCGCGUCCUCAAAAUGGAAGGAGAGGAAAGAAGUUCUUGACGAACUCCUGACUCUUGUUAAUGCCACACCCCACAUUCAGGAUGCUCCUGAAAUUUCGGAGCUGUCGAAGUCGCUUGCUACCUGUAUACAAAAGGAUGCUAACGUCAAUUGUGUGGUGGCAGCGGCCAAUGUUCUAGAAGGGUUGGCAAGGGGCGUAAUGGAACCGUUUGGUAAGCUCCGUGAGGCGCUAGUCCCACCCAUAUUGGAGCGUUUGAAGGAGCGGAAAGCCAGCGUAACGGACGCUAUCGGGGCUGCCCUGGAUGCCAUUUUCUUAACUACUUCCCUACCCGACAUAAUACCAGAUUUGCUUCCUGCUUUAAGCAACAAAAAUCCACAGGUUAAAGAAGGGACUUUGAAGUUCCUUGCUCGGUGUCUAUCGACGUCGUCUACUCCUAUUCAAUCAGGCCAAAUUAAGACGCUCACUGAACCUCUUGCCGCACUGCUGGAAGAUGGUUUUGAGGGUGCCCGCAACGAGGCUGCAACGUGUUUGGGGACUUUGAUGAAAAUGGUCGGAGAGCGCCCGUUGAACGCCCUUAUGGAGGGGUUGGCCGACGUGCGCAAGGCGAAGGUUAAGGAAGCAUAUGAGAAGGCUGCCGUCAAGUGGGGGGGGCCUAAGGCGUCGCCGCCCACGAAGGAGGCAGCGAAGAAGAAGGUGACUUCAAAGUCAGCGGCAAUUGAGGCCUCAGCUGCUGCUGCGGAUGUUCCAGUAAGCGAUCCACCUCCUGACAAACCAAAGGGCAAACCUCCUGCCAGACUGACGGCAAAGAAGGCGGCGGUAGGUGCGGAUCCCCCAGACUCUUCUGGCGGGAAAGGCCCAAGCCCAGCUUUGAAAACAGCUCCAUCGGCCUCGAAGAAGCCCCCUAUAUCGACUGCUGCUACUGCUAAAGCCGCAAAGCCCGCCGCUCCAAGUGCACUUGACUCCUUUAAGUACAAGCAUACUCCUGAAGACGCCGAGGGGCUGGCCGCGGAGUUAAUACCAGCGAGUAUCAUGGAAGGGCUUGGGGAUACGAACUGGAAGACCAGGCUCGCAGCAUGCGAGGAAAUGACAACAUGGCUUCAGGGUGUAAUAGCAGAGGUUGACGCGGAGGUCAUCGUGCGCGCCAUUGCAAAGAAGGGUUGGAACGAGAAAAAUUUCCAGGUUUCUGCGAAGUUGUACGCUGUCUUGACGAGCCUGGCCGAAAGUUGUCCCUCGUUUGGGAGGUCUUGUGUGGCACUGUCAUCAGGUCACUUAAGUGAAAAACUGGGAGAUUUGAAGCUGAAAAAGCCUGCCGGAGAUGCGCUGACUGUGUUUGCGGAGAAGACUUCUCUGCAAUUCGUCCUCAAUCAAAUUUAUGAGCCGCUGGGAAAGCAAAAAGCUCCAAAGGUCCUUGCUGACUCGUUGGUUUGGAUCGACACUGCAAUCGGUGAAUUCGGUACUGCAGGGUUAUCCCUUCGCACACUCAUCGAGUUUCUCAAAUUGGCGUUGAAAAACUCCAAUGCUGCCGUGCGUACCAGCGCUACCAAGACACUCGUAACAGUUAAGCUUUUUGCUGGUGCAGGUAUUAAGUCGUUCUUGGAGGAUAUCAAUCCUCAGUUACUUGCCACUAUUGAGAGCGAGUUUGACAAAGUCGAGGGCACUCCGGCGCCAAAUCCAACGCGGACAUCAGUCGACACCGCUGCGAUAGCUCCUGCAUCAAGUGAUGGGACUGUCAAGGGUGGUUUGGACCCUUUGGAAGAGCUCUUCCCCAGAGUAGAAAUUGAUAGCUUGCUGAAGGGGACCACUAUCCUAGUUGACGCCAAGAGUGAUGCGUGGAAAUCCAAGAAAGAGGCUCUUGAAACCCUUCAGGCUACUCUGGAUCAAGGCACGAAUAAACGCUUGAAGCCUGCAAUGGGUGAGAUAGGGCAAGUCCUCAAAGCUAGGGUCGUUGACACAAACAAAGUCGUGCAAACCCUCGCUCUCGAUAUCGUGGCCCGUAUCGCUACAGGUAUGGGCAAACCAUUCGAGAAGCAGACCAAGUUCUUUGUUGUUCCUGUGGCUACCGUGCUCUCAGAUCAGAAAGCCCCGAUCAGAGCGGCGGCUUUGCAGACUUUAACCGCCAUUGCCGAUGCAUGUGAGGGUUUGGAGCCCAUGAUUCACUUUAUAGGCACGGCGUUGGAAGCGACUAAUCCUACCCAGCGUGCCUCGUUACUCGGUUGGAUUACAGAGUAUAUGAAGGGGCAUCCAUCCUCUCACCCUCUUGACCUAAGUUCGUGGGCCAGUACCGUCGUGACCUGCCUGGAUGACAGAAAUACGGAUGUACGGAAGGGCGCGCAAGCUCUUCUUCCAGCGUUGAUCACGUCCAUUGGUUUCGACAAGGUCAUGUCCCAUACAAAUGGACUUAAACCGGCGUCGCGCAAGACAGCGGUACCACUUCUCCAGGCUGCAAAAGACCUAGCUCCUACGCAAACAUCGCCUGCGCCUCCUAAAAUGGCCAAUAAAGCUGUAACUACGCCUGACCCACCGUCCCCGGUAAACACUCCCUCCCCUCCCCCUGCAUCGUCCGGACCUCCAGGAAAGGCUACUGGUGUGCGCAGGAAGCUGCCGCAAGGUACCUCCCGUCCAGAUUCUAGAGCUGAGUCAAUCGAAGAAUCGGGAUCGACGCGGGUAUCGAGCAAACCUGGCCUCAAGCGACCUGGGAUUCCUGGAGCCCCUCCUAAAGUUUCCACAUCCCCAUCGACCCUUGGAGCUCUCCCUUUUACACAGAUGAACGUAGAGACAAAGCGCUCAAGGUUGGCCAAAGAUGGCCAAAAAUGGAUCAAUGAAUCUGGGCCCACUCGAAAGGAUCUAGCUGAUUUGCUGCAGCAUCAAAUGGAUCUCCAUACGUCGAAGGACCUCGUUGCCCAGCUGUUUAGCCAUGACCAUAACGCUAUUAACGAUCACGUGAUGGGGCUCUCGACCAUGUAUGACUUUUUCUCCGCUGCAGAGUCUGGAUCGGAUAGAUAUGGCACCCCAGCUGAGAAUAUGCGCGCUGUGGGCUUGGCAUGUUCUGAUCUUGCUCUGAAAUACGUGUCGAUCAAAAUCCAUGAGCCGCAGUCAAAUCUAGUAUCUCGAUGUCUGGACGUGGCCGAGGCAGUUGUGUCUUUUUUGCGUAGUCUUGACGCACAGAUUGACGAUUCCGAGGCUUUAUGCUUCGCUCCGACGCUGAUUUUCAAACUUGGUGACGCACGGGAACCUGUCCGAGUACGCGUUCAAAAGAUCAUCCAGAGUCUCUCGAAAGUCUACGCAUAUAGCCGGAUAUUUGACCUCUUGCUCGAACAUGGCCUGAGAUCCAAGGUCGCAAAGACUCGCCAGGGAGCUUUGGAUGAGAUUGCAAAUCUGCUGAAACGUAACGGCAUGGGAGCCUGCCACCAACCCAGCAAAGCAUUCCCAGUUAUUGGAUCAAUGAUAGCUGACAAGGAUUCUGCUGUUCGCAAAUCUGCGCUCUCUGUUCUCAGCGAGGGUUACACCCUUGUGGGUGAAAAGGUUUGGACUUUGAUGGGCCCUCUCCCGCCAAAAGAUAAGACACAGCUUGAGGAACGGCUUCGGCGCGUCCCAGGACCGAGCAGCCCAACAAAGUCAGAGCAUCAAGUCGCUGCCCCUCCCGCGCAGAUUGCUCGCCUUACAAAUGCCCAUUCGCGACCCGAGUCCCCCGCUAGAAAAACCGGCGGAAUCCCACGGCCGGCAAGCCCCGCCACUUCCACGAUAUCUCGAAUUGCCCAAUCUACCUCCUCAGUACGAACGCUGAGAUCAGCUUCCCCGGCACCUUCACAUGUCGAUCGGCCCGUUUCUCCUGCAGGUAUUUCUAAGCUCCCUGGGCCUACUGCCUGCAGUGGGCUGCCGGGACCGUCGACGCUGGGUGGCUCAUCCUUACCAAGUGUGACAUCACCCUUGGCCUCUCGCCCGAAAAGCAUGCUACCCUCCCGCCUAGGUCAACUUCGCCCACGACCCAACUUACCAACCUUUCAACCUGGUAUCGCUAAACCGCCUGAGGAAGUAUCAGAACUUCCUUAUGUGACUCCACCUAACUCUCAUGGAGUCGUUGACAUACCGCCUGAGCAAGCUAUAGACACGCUAGCUGACGCUGCACUGUCUUAUGAUGACCAUCCUCCGGCUGUAACUAACGACAUCACGGUUACAAUCUCAAGCAUACUGAGCAGCGAUGCGUCACGCAGCGUAGAUGCGCUGAAGAAGAUCCAAAAGAUACUCAUGAUCAAACCCGAAGAUGGACACACUUCUACCGAGUACAAAGAGCUCGCGGAACACACUGAGGGUCUCAUAGAAACCAUCACGCUUCAGAUGUCCCACAUAUUCGAACGACAGGAAGAUCUGGUCAUAGAUGAGAACUUCCGACUGGCGAAGCAUCUUAUCCAAACCCUCAACACGUUUUGUGACCACGUAUUAUUGGCAGAAUCACUGACGGUGGACAUCCUUACACCUUUGCUGGAGGAGCUUACUCUACGUCUUCUCGAGACGGACGAUAGUCAUGUCAGCAAGGUGAAGGACAUGUCGCGAUUCAUCAACAUGAUCAUCCUUCGACUGUUUGCAACUGGCCGCAAGAUGUCGGUCUUCCGCGCUCUCUUCGCACUGCUUCUGCAAAUCGUCAAACCAUUUCCCAAUAACGGCACUCUACCAGAGUCAAAGGAGGCGCGUGUUGCAGAGCUCGUUCUCAAAUGUGUAUGGAAACUGGCGCGAAAUAUACCUCAGGAUCUCAAAGAGCAGAAACUGGAUCCUGUUGAAUUACUUCCUGCGAGCUACCAACAAAGUCCCAGUGCGGAGACAUGCCAGUUGAGGACCAUUAAAGUUGUCAUCCAGCAUGUCGUUGCCCACUAUGGUGACGAUGUAUAUGACGUUCUCUCUGCAUCUUUCGACGAUCCGUCUGCCACGAUUGUCUAUCCUUACGUCUACCGGAUCUUGAACUCUGUGCCGAAGCCCACGGAGCCCGCAGUACGACCCCAUCACAGUCCUACGGGAACACUAAGUCGGCCAUAUUCGGUUGCGUCUAGCCGUCCUAUAUCUCCGACGGGUUCGGCAUCUGCCGCUAACCGACAUUCUUCACCGGGACAUGGGACUAGUGCUAGUGUUUCCUCGCACAACGGCUUCUCACCUCCAAUGGAUGAGCCGGAUCCGGAAGCGCAGCUAAUAACCAUUAUCAAUCACAUUUCCAGCGAGACUACCGGAGCAAUGCAUAAGGAAGGAAUCACGGAGUUGCACUAUUUCUUGAAGAACUAUCCACAUAAGCGUCCGCGAGUCGAAAAGCUUCUAGAAACCACGGGACCAGCGUUUCGCAAGUACAUUAAUCGUGCACUGGCGAGUCGCGCUGCGGAGGAUCUAGAAAGGUCGGCAGCUGUUGCCAGUACUUUGUCAAAACUGGAAGCCAAUGGACACGACUCUCAGCCGACUUCCCCUGUCACACGUGAGGGAGGUGGUUCUCGACCAACGCCACCACCUGUCCCAGAUGGGCCUCCUGGUGAUGACCGAUUGCAUCAGCUACAUGACAUAUUCCAUUAUAAACGGUCCAGCACGACGAGCAAUGGCUCGGCGAGACGAAUGUCUGAGACGUGACCUUGCGCCGUGUUUAUCUGUUAUGUUAUAUGUUCCUUGUUCUACUCUUCAAUGGUUGCAUACCAUCACGCAGAAUAUCAUAUCAUCCAUUCUGGUCAGCUUCGGGAGUUUCGGUCUGAUGUACUGUCACAAUCACAUCCCUAAAUAAACUUACACCAGUUUCCAUACCCCUGG